AUGAAGAGCAAGUUCCGGCCGAAGCCGAUCUACGAGCACGAUGCACUCGCUUUCAAUCAGUCAAUUCCUAGCCAUGAGAAAGAACGUAUAAAUCACUUCUCAAAGGCCAAGGCCAGGAAGCGGGGCGAGGAGGUCGUGUUCGACCCGAAAGGCCACAAGGAUUACCUUACUGGCUUCAGGAAGCGGAAGCUGCAGCGGAAAAAAGACGCACAAGAACAUCUAGAAAUCAAGGCAAAAAAGGAGCGGGCGCAGGAGCGGUCAGAGCGCCUCAAGGAGCUGAAGAAAAAGCUCAACCUACCUGAUGACUACGGGGUGUCGUCAUCGAGCGACGACGAGGGCGAGCGCGGGGCGCCGGCGGACCCGUCGGAGGACAAGCGGGCACAGGUCAGGGUGUAUAGCGGCUCUGGCGUCACUACAACUGUGUCGGUGCUCAACCUGCGGGGUGACAGUGACGACGAGCCUGCCAGCAGCAGCGGCGGCGGCGGCAGCGGCGAGGAUGGGGAGGGCGAGGAGGGCGGCGGUGAGGACCAGCAGGGCGGUGGCGAGAGCAACGGGCAGCAGGAGCGGGAGGACCGCGAGCGGCAGCGGCUGCAGGAGCGCGGCAAGUUUGGCAAGCGCGGGAAGAAUAUGCGGCGGAGCAAAGCCAGCGGCGGCGGCAGCGGGAAGCGGCGGCCUGGCGGCGGCGGGGUCAGCAAGGCUGAGGGGAAGAAGGGGAAGGGGAAGGGCAGGAAGAAGCUCGGCGGCAAGUCGCGCAA